GGAGGGAUAAUAUUUUAUUCUAGCUUUUCACAGAACAUUAAAAUCUAUAUAAGGCCAACCUCUAUACAUUUCGUCGCCACUUUUUUUUUCACAACAUUUUGCUAUACCGAAGAAGAAAAUAUGGGUGUGAAAGGCAAGUUGACUGCUUCCAUAGAGGUGAAGUGUGGAGGACAUUUGAUUCAUGAUCUUCUUCAUUCCAAUACUAAUCAUUUAUCCAAUAUUACCCCUAGAAUCAACCGUCUUGAUAUCCAUCAAGGUGGAAUCAUGAAGGUUGGUUCCAUAGUUAGUUGGAAAUAUAACGAAGACGGAAAAGAGAAGAUUGUUAAGGAGGUGAUUGAAGCCAUCGAUCAUCAAAAGAAAUCAAUCACUUGGAAAGUGAUUGAAGGAGAUGUGUUGGAGUUUUACAAUUCCUUCAGUAUCAUCACAUCCUGUGAACACCAGUGGGCUACAUGGGCAAUAGCAUACGAGAAGAAAACUGCAGACACUCCAGACCCUCUCGUUUACUUGGGUUUUGCCCUGGAAUUUAUGAAAGAUAUAGAGAGUCACCUUCUCAAGAAAUAGAAAAUAUAUGUGUUGUUCAAUGGC